AUGAAUGGUCAAUCGGACAAGCUGUCUCAGUCGAGUGGUGGAAGUCUGGGGUCUCUAGGCAGCAAAUUUGGAGGAUACUUGUCCAAAUUGAAACAAGCAAUCAUUCGUCUGACAGAAUCACCAUCAUUGGAAAGUGCGUCAUCUAAUGCAUCAGAAACCACUAAUGGCGGUAAAGACGGAGGGCAGAGAGAGUAUGCCCAAUCUAACGAAGUUGACCUAGUCGGACCGUUGCCCAUCAAUUUCAAAGUGUCAGAAAAGAGAAGACGGCUUUCGAUACAAGGGCACCCCACCAAUGAUUCCAUUCCUCGAUCAUUAACUCGAGGUGUCAUCAAUCCAAGACGUCCAUCAUACUUGAACAUAUAUAAUGAAAUCAAAACUAAUGAAGAGGAAUCACACAACGACCUUGAAAGAAGGAAGUCCAUCAUUGAUUCGCUAAUUGUACCAUCACAGGAGAAUAGUGUUCUUACUAGUCGUGAAGAAUCACCGGCUUUAAACAUGCCCCUUCCCAAGAGCACAAUUGAGAUAGACUUCAGUGAGGGGAGAGAAGGUACAAACCAAGACAAACCGGGGGAAGAGAAGGAGGAAGAAUACGAGCAAUUGCAGAUUGUUCAAAUCGAUCCUGCUGAAAGAAGUCGUAUUGUACGACUAAAACGAUCUAUGCAAGAUAUGGAACUUAUGAGAAAGAGGAUGAAGUAUAUGAAAAGUCCUAAUGAAACAACCACGAUAUAUCAUGGUGAUUCAACCAUGGUGGACACAAGCACUCAAACGUACAAUACUGAUUACUUGAAUUCGGUGCUAAAUUUCAAAAAGAGAUCUAGCUCAUCUACAUUGGAGAACAAACGCAAUAAAAGGAGGAAAAAGGGAUUCUUUUUGAAAGAGUUUGUUUAUGAUGUUGAGAAACCCGUAAAUGUGGUGACAAGUACCACGUACAAGGGAUAUGCCAGUGAACUUGGGAAGCCCAAAUUCAAAUCAAAUGAUGAUGAGAAUGCAAGUUUGGGGGCAAGACCGAAUAGAGAUGGUGUUAGUUUGGGACAAAAGUUGUCGUUAUCGUUGGACUCUGAUUAUUUAGCCAAGAAACAGUCAUUAUCUGACAUUAUAAAAAUCAAAGAGGAUUCAAUAAAAGUACCCAUAAGUGGUAAAAAUGACGUCACUACGCCAUCAAGUGGAUUUCGAUUCAAUAUUGAUGAUAAAAGGAUUAGUGAAGUUAUGGGAACACUGAAGGAAGAGAGUGGAGGUGAGACCAAGGGGAACAAGGAUUUCAUCUGUGGAACUGAGACUCAAAAACUGAGUGAUAAAGCAUCGGCAUCUCUAUUUCCUUUCAAACUGGUCACCAAUGACAAUACAGAGAAACAGAAAGAUGGAUCACCCAAGGCUAGUGGCAUUACUUUUGGUGAGAAGAAAGAUGAGAAAGAGACAACAAUUGAUGGAAAGACAGAGUUCUCGACCACAUUCAGCAAAGGUGGUACCGAAACCAAUAAAGCCAAGUCGCAAGAGGAGAAGAGCCCGUUUCCAUACAAGUUUGGCGGUAGUUCAGCUCCAACAACAAAUAGUAGUGGUCUUUUCGGCAAAACUCCAAUCAUCACUACAACCCAAUCAGAAGAGGGCCAAGGUUCCAAAAGUGGUCUUUUUAAUAUUGGCGCAUCGAAAUCUGAGCUAUUCAGUGGAUUUGGGUCAAAGUCUAGCGGUGGUCUUUUCGGAAGACAACAGAGUGAUGACAAGAAGAAAGAAAAUGGGACAGCAGUUGACGUCAAUGGAGCUGCUAGUGGACCUACUACGAACUCUUUGUCAUUUAAUUUCCAACCUAAAACAACAUCAAAGGAUAAAAAAGAAGAGAGCACUAUGGACGAAGAAGCUGAUUUGAAACGUAAGAGGACGAAACCAAGCGACGAUGAUCAUGAAACGCAAGGAACUAACAAGACGAUGGCAGAUGCAACAUCAUUGUCCAAAUCGUCGACACCAGUUUUUGCAUUCAGUGCUAUGGCUAGUGAGUCGGGUGAAGCAGAAUCGAAAAAGGACUUUGCUGCUGGUGUACCAGCGGAUGGCACGACAAAGCCACCAGCUUUUUCAUUUGGAUUUAAACCUUCUUCAGCAGCAACUGAUAAUAAAGAGAAAUCCGAGUCUCCAGGUUCUGCAUUGACAUUGGGGAAAAGUGAUUUUGAGAAGAAAGAGGAGGAAAAGAAAAACUCUCUGGCUGUGCCUGCUUUCAGUUUCGGUAAACAGACAGAGAGUACCCUUGGUGAUGGUGGUAAACCACCGAUGUCAGGUUUCACAUUUGGUAAGCCAGCAGCUGAAUCCAAUUCCACUGAUGAUAAAUCCAAGUCUCUGAUGUCUGUUUUUACAUUUGGCAAGCCAGCUGAUAAUAAUAAACCAACAUCGUCGUCCACUUUUGGUUUCGGUUUCGGAAACGCGGAUGAUGAGGCUAAAAGUGCUCCAUCUGCAUUUUCAAUCAACAAGACUGAGGAUCAAGCAAAGUCAGAAUCUGCACCACCUGCAUCAUUCUCGUUUGGCAAAGCUGAAGAGAAGGCAAAGUCUGCUGGUGCUCCAGCAUUCUCGUUUGGUCAAUCAGCAGAAAAGGAAAAGUCUACUGUUCCAGCAUUCUCGUUUGGUCAACCGGCGGAGAAAGCAAAGUCUGCUGCUCCAGCAUUUUCAUUCGGCAAGACCAGCUCAACUACAUCCACUGCUGAAACCCAAGGAAAAUCACCAUCACCGGCUUUUACACUUGGUAAAACCACUAAAGAAGAUAAUGAUCAAUCCAAGACUUUUGCCGCUGCAGGUGCAACCACAACCAGUGCCUCGCCAACACCAACACCAGCAUCUACAUCUGGAUUUGGUUCAACUUUAGGUUUUUCAUUUGGUAAUACGGGCACUACGGGCACUACGGGCACAAUUGCAAGUAGUGCUUCAGAUAAACAACAAUCGACGACAAUGGCGCCAGUGUCGACAAGUGGAUUCAAGUUUGCGCCUGGAGUUACACCACCACCUGCUACUACAGCACCAACUGGUAGUACAUCGUUGUUUGGUGCUAAUGCAAGUGCAAGUGCCAGUGCCAGUGGGUCUAAUAUUGCUGCACCAAAGCCAUUUAAUUCAUCUGGAUUUGGUGGGUUUGGAUCGCAAACGCAGCUACAAGUACAACCACCAGGGGCAAGUACAACUUCCACUGCGCCUGCAUUUGGUAGUCGACCUAGUACGCCAUCGUUCCACUUUGGUGGUAGUGGUGGUGGUAGUGGCUCUGGUGGACGUGGAGGUGAAGUUACAGGACAGGCACAUGGAAAUGGAUUACCACCAACUUCACUGAUAUUUGGAUCAGCUACAAAGUUGAAUAAAGUGCCGCUGUUUAAUUUUACUGGGUCCAAGAGUGGUACGCCUGAUCCAGCAAGUAUAUUUGGACAACAUCAGCCACAUGCACAGCAACAACUCGGGAGUCGAGAGAGUACACCAUUUGGAAAUGGUGCUCCUGGUGGUGUUUCUGUGCCCUCAUUUGGAUUUGGUCAACCACAGACACAACAACAACAACAAGCACAAGCACAAGCACAAGCACAACCGCAGCAGCAGCCAUUCCAAUUUGGGGCAAGUCCGGCACCACAACAACCACAAGGGUUUGGAUUUGGUGGUGGUGCUCCUGGUGGUGCUCCUGGUGCUGGUGGGUUUGCUGCUAGUACUGGAGCACCACAAAUGAGUGCUACUACGCCACAAGCCAAUCCUAGACGACCUAGACUCCUUCCGAGAUCUCGAAGGAGGUAA